CCAAGAGACUAAUGUUUUCAUGCAAAUGGUGUUAGAGGCCGGUGCGUCGUGUAUGUGAAAGUUUAUGACUCAAAAAUGACCGCAUUGUUCAAAAGUGGAGUAUUGGUUCUUACAUAUCGCCCUAAAUUGACUUUCCUACAGAAAAUUUUAACAGAGGCUGCAAAAUGCGUGAACAAGACUUUGUAUGUCGAUUUGUUAACAACAUCCCUUGCACAGCCGGCUUCUCUUCCAACCGGGACACGAUCUGGAGGCAACGUGUUAAAUAUUAGAGAAUUUUACAAUUUUAUGUCUGAAGUUUACAAAAAUGCCGCAGAGUUAUGUGCAGGAAUCGAUGUUCGGGUUUUGCUGCCCCCCGCAGGACUCGGAUCUGUACCAAGAUCGACUUCCCGACCUAUUGAGCUCUGCAUCGGCAAUACUUCUUCAAUAAGAAAUCUGAUGGAGUUUGAGCAUGUUGUGAGUUCCAGGUAUGUGUUCCACAACGGACGUUUCCAUUUGAAAUACGUUCAUGCAGGGGAUGACCUGAAAGUUCAUGCAGAUAUACAAAAUGACCCACCGGAAGGACAAAUACUUGAUGACACUCAAAGAAAGUUUAACACCUAUCCUGGGGUUGUGAUCGGUGGUACAUUUGACAAAAUUCACAAUGGCCACAAAAUACUGAUCGGCACUGCUGCCUUAUGUGCUGAAAAGAAACUUACUGUUGGUGUAGCAGAUGGGCCACUUUUAGAAGGGAAGAUUCUUGAAGAGUUGAUUGAACCUGUUGACUAUCGAAUUGGGAAUGUGGAAGAUUUAAUUGAAGAUAUGAAACCAGGACUUGUGAAGAAGGUUGUUGCGAUUGAAGAGCCAGCUGGUCCAUCAGGAACUGACGAUGACCUGCAGUUGCUUGUCAUUAGUCAAGAGACUAUCAAAGGCGGGCAAUAUGUGAAUGAUACUCGCAAAAGCAAUGACUUGCACCCACUUGAGAUCUUUGCCAUUGAUAUGCUUGAUGGUGACAAUUCUGACCUAGCUGUUGAUUUGCAAUCACAAAAUAAGCUUAGCUCAAGUGGAGAGCGAAUAAGAGAGCUAGGGCUUUUGAGGAAGGAACCUAAAUUGCUCCCAAGGAAUAAACCAUAUGUCAUUGGUCUGACAGGGGGUAUUGCCAGUGGCAAAUCUUCUGUCACACGGAGGCUGCAAAAACUCGGUGCCUCUGCGAUCAAUUGCGACAAAUUAGGACACCAGGCUUAUUUGCCUGGAGCACGUGCUUAUGAAAAACUUAUUGACGAGUUUGGAGAGAGCAUUUUGAAUGAAGAUAACACCGUCAAUCGUAGGGCUUUAGGCUCUAUUGUUUUUAGUGACAGAAAAAAGUUGGACCGUCUUAAUGAAAUCGUCUGGCCAGAAAUUGCAAGUAUGGUUCAAGAAAAGCUAAGAAAAAUGGCUGAAGAUGGUAUAAAAGUUUGUGUUAUAGAGGCCGCUGUUCUUCUUGAAGCAGGUUGGGACAAUUUGGUUAACGAAGUGUGGGUAACCUCAGUGCCUGUGGGAGAGGCUGUGAAAAGAAUCAUCGAAAGAGAUGGGUUCAACGAUACUCAAGCUCGAGUUCGCAUUGAAUCGCAAAUGAAAAGUGCUGAUCGCAUUAGUAGAUCUCAUGUCGUCAUAAGCACUCUUUGGGAACCAGAAUUCACUCAGAAGAUAGUGGAAAAAGCAUGGAAAAGCCUUGUCGACAGGGCAGAGGAUGCGAAGAAGAAACCAAGCUUUCUCUGACACUGGUCUUUCAACAACUAUUUAAUCAACUGUAUAUUUGAUUUUCUUUGUAUUAGCAUUUCAAUGUCUUUUGAGUGUUAUUUUUACCUAUUUCGAGGUUGCUGACAAUUUGUUAUUAUUAUUUUGGUUAUUAUUUUGCAAAAAUUAUACCGGUACCUAGGAUUUUUUUCUGAAAUUAAAUUUUAAAAGUAACCAAUAGGCUUGCAAAAUGUAGUCCCAGUGUUUAAACUUAAUCAAAUAAUUAAAGCAUAUGCGAAUUCAUAUGUAGACGUUCGUUGAACCUUAUAGCUACUGUAUGUAAAUAAUGUGUUUCUACUGUGUGUUUCUUCAAAAAAAAGAUUGAAUGAAGUCAAAAAUUCUAGCAGAUCUUAAGUACAGGCUCCAAAUUAGCGCUCGCGUGGGUUGCAUGCAGGGCGGCCUCUGUUAUGCAAAUUAGAUGAUUUGGAGUGGGCCCACGCAGACUUGUUUGCCACGCAGAUAGUCGCAAAGCGUGCCGGUUGCACAAGAGCCAUUAAUGUCGAGGCCUCUAUCGGGUGAGUGUUUAUGGAAUAUGGUUAAUUAUUGUAAAGCACCAUUGAGUUCAAAGUAACAAUAGAUCAAUAUUAGGACUACAAUAUCAAAAUAACCCACGUACAUACACGAGUGAUAUUUCAAAAAUGCAAGGCAAUGAAGCAGCAUCUGUUGUUUGCGAUUGAGAUAAAUAAAAUGAAUCAAAGUGUUCUUAAAAAUAAUCGUUUCUCCUAUAGUUUAUGAUUGAUGACUGUCAGAAAUAAGUCUCUAGAAUUUUGGAUAGAUCACGUCAUUGAUUUUUCUAUUGCUACGUUUGGUCUUUAAGCUUGAAUCUGAUCUGUAUCUUUCAUUUUCUUGAUAAUAAUUUUUGUUGUAUUAAAUAGUUUAGAAUUCUAGGACCUCUGCUAUAAUAUAUUUCAUAAGUCAAGCAUUUGUUCACAAAUGUGGUGAUAGUGAUGUGAAGCAUUUCAUUUGUCUAAAUUUGACAUUCAUGGAAGCUGCAGCAUCGUUGACUUGAAUAUCCAUUUCAGUUUGUUGUCUAAAGUGACUUCCAGACACCUUGCCUCUUCUACAAUUUCGAUCAUCUUAUUCCCCAUAAUUCAUCUGCUUUCUUUGGCAUUGUAAGCUUUCGUCUUUACUGGAUCAUUGCCUUUUGUUUUUAAUUAAUCUGAGUGUAUAUGUGAACUGCUUCUACUGCAUAAGGCUGAAAUCUAAUUUAUUCCAACUUGUAGCGGAGGACUGGAAUACUAGUUAUUAGUUCAAUAAAUAAACUAUUUGCCUUUUCUACGCGUAAGGCCCUUUUUGCUGGAAGAAAGGCAAAACUACACUUGCAUUAUAUUUUUGUUUAAACUUCUAUUGAUGUUCUGCCAAAAAACUGCCAACAGCUAUUUACAUAAGACCACCAAGCAAGUACCGAUAAUUUUAUACAUUAAACGGCAACAAAUUUCGAGCGUUGAUAUUUUCGGACAUUAGUAGCGUCCGAAAUGUGUACCGUCCGAAAUUCUUGUUUUAAAAAACUUUUACUGUUCGAAGUUUUUGGACUAUAGAAAAAUCACAGGAAAGCUUUUCGUUAUUUGACAAUGGAAUGUCUUUCUUACAAACAUGAAGCAUAUAAAGGAACACGUAGGAGAUGGCUACUAAGUUUAACAGUAUCAUACCUUGUCAACUAAAUUCAUUUAGCCGUUACAAAACAUCCUCAUCAUCCUCAACAAUAUCAUAUUGUCCUCGGUCAUACUUUCAUCAUAAUCAACAAUCAUAAUUGAUGUCCUUGUUUUGUUCAUUAUGUUCAUCCGGCCCUAUUUCGUCCACUUUGUAAUUUAUCCUGGAACUAAUGGUGCAAGGCAAGCAAGAUAACUUCAUUUUUCAUUUGCUACGGUGAACUUUGCAAAAAUCGUGGGAUAUGGAUGAUGGCAAAAGCUAUUGAAAUGGCGGGCAUAAUCCCCAUUGAGAGAAUGGGAAUUCCUGAUGAGAACCCCUACAAACACUUGUGAAAUUUAUGUUGACUUUGCAAGGUGCAAUAUUCUUUUUAUAUUCAUAUUAGAAUUAUUCUUAUUAUAUUUAUGAUAUCAUAUAACGCGAUUUCAGGGCCUUAGCCCCCCCCCCCCACUUUUUUGCAAAACAAUAGAGUUUUUUUCAAAAUCUUUUGUUAUGGGUGUUAAAUUUUCCCUUGGCCUCCCACUUUUCAACCUUUGUCGGAACCCAUGGUUGCUUCUCCGAGUUUCACGCUUAAUACGAUUAUCAGACACCUGUCCUGAACGUGUAUAGCACUCCUUAUACGGCAUCGAGCAUCUUUUGACAGACUGCUAAACAGUAAUUUUUGUAUGAUAUAAUAUCAUUUGAUCGUCUGUUGCA